AUGGAAGAGAGGGGAAGACAAACAAACCAAAGUUUCAGUGAUGACUCUUCAGAAGAUUUAGAUAAUCCUUUUGACGAAACUUGGAUUGAGUUGUAUUGUUCAUUAGAUGGCAAUGAAUUUUUAUGUGAAGUUGAUCAAAGUUUUAUUGAAGAUGAAUUUAAUUUAUAUGGAUUAAGAGCAUUUAUUGAACACUAUGAAGAAGCUCUUGAUAUUAUUUCUUCUAAAACAACAAUACAAAGUUAUGAUAAAAACCUUCGUAGACAGUUAAGUAUUGAAACCAAAUUAUUAUAUGGUUUAAUUCAUCAAAGAUUUAUUGUAACUGUACCAGGUUUAAAAAAGAUGUAUGAAAAGUUUAGAAGAGGUGAAUUUGGAGCAUGUCCACGAGUAUUAUGUGAUAAUCAUGCUGUUUUACCAAUUGGUACAAGUAAUAUUCCUUAUUUAAGUAAAACAAAAUUAUUUUGUCCUCGUUGUGGAGAAGUAUAUUCUAUUCCAGAUGGUUAUUGUGGUUCCAAUUUAGAUGGUGCAUAUUUUGGAAUGACAUUUCCUCAUUUAUUAAUGUUAAAUGUCUCAGGAAUGAAAAAAGCAGAUAAAUUUAAACCAACGAUUUUUGGAUUUGAGAUAGCAUCUUCUUCUGCACCACCAGGAAGAUUUAUUCCAACACGAGACUCUUUUUUUGUUGUUAACAAUUGA